GGCGCCGCCGGCCCGCCCUUCCACCCCCCCCGGGUGAAGGGAGGAAGAGAUUAUGGCACAGGCUCAAGGAUUGGGGAAGAGAUACGUUAAAGCCUUUUUAAAAGGUUUCUUUGUUGCUGUUCCGGUAACUGUGACUUUCUUGGACAGAGUUGCCUGUGUAGCAAGGGUGGAAGGAGUAUCAAUGCAGCCUUCUUUGAAUCCUGGGGGAAGACAAGCAUCUGAUGUAGUGCUCUUAAACCACUGGAGCAUUCGAAACUAUGAUGUACAACGUGGGGACAUUGUGUCGUUGGUGUCUCCUAGAAACCCUGAACAGAAGAUCAUUAAACGAGUGAUUGCUCUUGAAGGAGACAUUAUCAAAACCAUUGGAUACAAAAAGAAGUAUGUGAAAGUUCCACAUGGCCAUAUUUGGGUGGAAGGUGACCACCAUGGACACAGCUUUGACAGCAAUGCUUUUGGCCCGGUUUCUCUUGGACUUUUACAUGCUCGAGCUACUCAUAUCCUCUGGCCUCCACAACGCUGGCAGAAAUUACAGCCAAUGCUACCUCCAGAGCGCAAACCUCUCCAGAGAGAGCAAGAGUGAUCUAGAUGUUCAGAUGGGAAAAUACUGAAGAGAAGUUUAACCAGGAAGAGUUUUAGUGGUUAUACCGUUGCCUGUAAGAGCUUUGCCAAGUGUGCUUUAACAUCAGGUACUAUAUCAGCAAAUAUGUGCGACGUCUUCAUGUUAAAAUGUCACCUUAAAUGUAAAAGAGUUUUGGCUUUUUAUUUGUCUUCUUGUUUGGUGUUUUUAAAAACAUCUCAAGCAGUAUUGCAUUGUGCAUUAUUUUGAUUUGAAAUAAUUGGUUGUUGAAGGUUUGAAAGUUCAGUUUUUCUGGGAGCAGUAAAAUGCUUCACUUGUUAUAUCUGUACCUGUGCUUCCCUGAAUAAGAAAUUAUUAAAUCCUUCAAUAAAAUAUUUCAAUCUUUUC